AAAAUGGCCAGUUCUCAGGGACAACUGACCUUCAGGGAUGUGGCCAUAGAAUUCUCUGAGGAGGAGUGGGGAUGCCUGACCCACACUCAGCGGCAACUGUACAGGGAUGUGAUGUUGGAGAACUACGGACACCUCCUCUUCUUGGGUCUCACUGUGUCAAAGCCAGACCUCAUCAUGUUUUUGGAGCAAGACAACGGGCUCUGGGAUAUGAAGAGAAAGGAGGACAUAGGCUUCCAUCCAGGUCUCCUUCUGUCAAAGCCAGUCCUGAUCAUGUUUUUGGAGCAAGAGAAGCAGCUCUGGGAUGUGAAGAGAAAGGAGACUGGAGGCUUCCAUCCAGCUGUAUCUUCACAUGACACCCAGAGUUUCCUGCUACAGCGGAGCAUAGAAGGUUCUUUCCAGAACGGAUCAAUUCCCAGAUACAAACAUAGUGCUGUUGAGAUUUUACACUUAAACACAGACUGGGACAAUGAUGGGGAGAGAGAAGGGCAUCAAAGAAAUCCUGGACGAUACACCCAAACCAAGGCAAUUGCCCUUAAUGAGAAUCUCACUGCCCCAAAUGGUGAAGGAUAUAAACCACUGCGGAAAACCUUCCCUUUUAAGUCAACUGUUUCUGCAGAGCAGUGUGUUUCUGUCAGCACAAGCUCCAAUCAGAUAUUCAAACAUAGCUAUUUGUGGACAGACCAUUUGGAACAUCUGAGGAGUAACCUAGUCCAUGCUGAGAACAAUGAUUUGAGCCAUUUGGAAGAUAGGACUGGUCUGACCUUAAAUCAGAGAUUUAGAAAUGAAGAACAAAGUGCUCAGUGGGAUCCAUUUGAGAGGGGCUUCACUGAGGAGUCGACCCUCCAGAAUGACCAGAGGCUUUUCACUGGAGACAGAUUUGCUCAAUGCACUGUAUCUCAGAAAACAUUGAACCAGGGCUCCAGUGUUCACCAAUGUGUCAGGGCUAGGUUUGCAGAGAAUGAAUGUGAUAAUUGUGGGGAAGGCUUUCAUCCAAACUCUAACCUCAGUAUACUCCCUUCAGGAGACUGUCUUCAUAAAGAUAAUGAAUGUGGGAAAGCUUGUAACCAGUCCUCCAGUGUUGGUGAUCAUCAGAGAAUUCAUGAGAGAAAAAGCCCAUUCACAUCUAGUAAACCAGGGACCAUGUUUACUCAGCCACCAAGCCUAAACAUCAAUGAGAUAAUCUCUCAGGGAGAGGAAACUUACAUCUUUAAGGAAUAUGGUAAAUCCUUUGACUGCCACUCAACACUAUCUCAACAUCAGCGAAUGCAUACUGGAGGAAAAGUAUACAGAUGUGAAGAAGGUGGUCAAACCUUUAAGGAUUGUUCAUCACUAAAUGGUCAUUUGCAGUUUUAUUCUGGAGAGAAACCUUACAAAUGUCAAGAAUGUGGCAAGGCUUUUAAUGGUCACUCAAGUCUCAAUAGAGAUAAACGAAUUCAUAUUGCAGGGAAAAAUUACAAUGGUAAUGAAUGUGCCAAAGCUUUUAAAUCAUUCUCAGAACUUACUCAACAUCACAAAAUUCAUUGUGUAAAAAAACCUUACCAGUGUCAAGAAUGUGGCAAGGCCUUUAAACACCCUUCACACCUUACUCAGCAUCACAGAAUUCAUACUGGAGAGAAACCUUACCAAUGUCAAGAAUGUGGGAAGGCCUGUAAUAUGCACUCGCAUCUCACUCGACAUUGCAUAAUUCAUACUAUAGAGAAACCCUAUAAAUACCAAGAAUGUGGCAAGUCCUUUAAUUUGAGCUCAGGGCUUACUGAACAUCAGGGAAUUCAUAAUGCCAAGAAAACUUAUGAAAGUCAAGAAUGUGGCAAGGCCUUUUAUGACAGGUCAACCCUUACUCAACAUCAUAGAAUUCACACUGGAGAGAAACCUUACCAGUGUCAAGAAUGUGGCAAGGCCUAUGCCUUCCCUUCACAACUUACGCAACAUCACAGAAUUCAUACUCGAGAAAAACCUUACCAAUGUCAAGAAUGUGGCAAGGCCUUUAUUUGGAGGUCAAGUCUUACUGAACAUUAUAGAAUUCAUACUAAAGAGAAACCUUACCAAUGUCAGGAAUGUGGCAAGGCCUUUUAUGACAGGUCAACCCUUACUCAACAUCACAGAAUUCAUACUGGAGAGAAACCAUACCAAUGUCAAGAAUGUGGCAAGGCCUUUAACCACAGCUCAAUCCUUAUUCGACAUCACAGAAUUCAUAGUGGAGAGAAACCUUACCAAUGUCACAAAUGUGGCAAGAGCUUUAACCAGAGCUCAGCCCUUAUUCAACAUCACAGAACUCAUACAGGAGAGAAACCUUACCAAUGUCACAAAUGUGGCAAGAGCUUUAACCGGAACUCAGACCUUAUUCGACAUCACAGAAUUCAUAGUGGAGAGAAACCUUACAAAUGUCACGAAUGUGGCAAGGCCUUUAUCUGGAGGUCAAGUCUUACUGAACAUUACAGAAUUCAUAGUGGAGAAAAACCUUACCAAUGUCAAGAAUGUGGCAAGACCUUAAAGGACAACUCAACUCUGAUUGAACAUUACAGUAUUCAUACUGGAGAGAAACGUUACCAAUGUCAGAAAUGUGGCAGGAGCUUUAACCAGAGCUCAAGACUUAUUCAGCAUCACAGAAUUCAUUCUGGAGAGAAACCUUACCGAUGUCAAGAAUGUGGCAAGGCCUUUAACUGCCUUUCACACCUUACUCGACAUCAUAGAAUUCAUACUGGAGAGAAACCUUACCAAUGUCAGGAAUGUGGCAAAGCCUUUAACGUGCACUCACACCUCAGUCAACAUAGCAGAACCCAUACCAGAAUGAAACACUAUAAAUACCAAGAAUGUGGCAAGGCCAUUAACUGGUGCUCAAGGCUUACUCAAAAUCAGGGAAUUCCUAAUGGAAAGAAAUCUUACCAAUGUCAAGAAUGUGGCAAGACCUUUAACCACAGCUCAGACCUUACUCGACAUCACAGAAUUCAUACUGGAGAGAAACCUUACCAAUGUCAAGAAUGUGGCAAGGCCUUUAGCCACAGCUCAAGCCUUACUCAACAUUAUAGAAUUCAUACUGGAGAGAAACCUUACCGAUGUCAAGAAUGUGGCAAGUCCUUUAUCCACAGCUCAACCCUUAUACGACAUCACAGAAUUCAUACUGGAGAGAAACCUUACCGAUGUCGUGAAUGCGGCAAGAGCUUUAACCGGAACUCAGGCCUUAUUCGACAUCACAGAACUCAUAGUGGAGAGAACUUAACAAGUCAUGAAUGUGGCAAGGCCUUUAAGGACCGCUUAGCCCUGACUCAGCAUCACAGGGUUCAUCCUGGAGAGAAAUCUUACCAACGUCAAGAAUGGUGUUAGGCCUUUGCAGGCACUCUGUCCUCGUUAAACAUCAUAAUAUCCAUAUUAGAUAGAAAGCUUACCAGUGUACAGAAUGUAAUAAGAGGGAUGCCUGUGUGGCUCAGUCAGUUAGGGCACUCCCUUGGGCUCAGGUUAUGAUCCCAGGGUCCCAGGAUUGAGCU